AUAAUGAAUGUAAUCAUAUAUUGGAAUCCUAAAUCAUACUACUCCAAUAACGAAUGUGUACCUUUAUUAGCAAUGCAUCACAAAAAAACUAAAAAGUAUAUUACGUAUAUCAUAUGCUGUUAUUGUAAAUGUUUUUGGAUGCGAAACGUCCAUGACGUAAAAGAUAUACUAGACAGCGGUAAAUGUCAGCUCUGCCUGCAUUCAUCCAAUCUUGCAACACUGUCAAAAACAUUAUAAAUACAAGUCCAACCGGGCAUACGAGAUAAUAGCCAACCUAAAGCUGGUAUGGCUGUCGUCAGCAUCCCGUUCACCUUGAGAGAGGUGGGAUGAGUCAGUGCCUCAGCCAACGGUGGCGCAGCGCCCAUCAGCACGUGACCUCCGCCUCAGAAGUCCCGGGGUUUCGUUCGGCUGAUCGUACAGAGGACUCGUUGCAGCAGUGACAGUUUUUAAUCCGCAGAAACCAGUUUUUCGCCAGAACACAGGACAGGUCAGUGUCGUACCAGCCGUUGAUGGGAGCGUGGUAGACUUGGAUAACAGUUUCGGACCGCCUUUUUUCCUGACCCCCGGUGGUUGGUGAAGGAGCGAUGUCUCUCUCGGCGCUGGCCGGCCCGCAGCUGCACGUGCUGCUCACCCUGUCGGAGCUGCUCACCACGGUCAUCGUGCCGCCGGACGCACGCACGUGCGGGGUGCGCCACGAGCGUGGCACGUGCCAGCGCUUUGUGGAGCCCGUCGAACUGAUCAGCAGCCCGACGAGGAGCAACCGCACGGCGCAGACCGGCGAGUUUCCGUGGCUGGUGUCGGUGCGCGGCGCACCGCCGUCCCGCGCCGACUCGCCGCAGCCCCUCUGCACCGGCCUGCUGGUACACCAGCAGGCCGUGCUGGUGUCGGCCGCCUGCCACGAGGCGGCCACCAACGCCGACCAGCGCAUGCACGUGCGUCUGGGCGAGUACAACAUUCUGAGCGACGUGGACGCCGGCCGGCCGCCGCUGGACAUCAACAUCCGUCGGGCCGUCUACCACCCCGAGUACAGCGCCGGCCUCAACGAUGUGGGGCUGCUGGUGCUGGAGCACCCGGCGCGGCUGGGUGAGGACGUGAACGUGAUCUGCCUGCCGCAGUGGCGCCGCGACACCGAGUCACCGGCUGACCUGACCGCCGACUGGGAGCACACAGAGUGUGUGCUGCACGGCUGGGUGGACACCACGAUCGACAGCACCCCAGUACCGCUGCGCGACACGGUCCGCUUUCUGGGCCGCGCCGCGUGCCAGACGCGGAUGCGCGAGCUGGACAGGCUCGGGCCCCUGCACACUCUUCACGCCGGCUUCGCGUGCGCCUCUGCCGAGACCGGCUGCUGGGCGGACGGCGGCUCUCCGCUGGUGUGUCGGCUGCGCGAGGACCGCUCGCGCUGGGUGCUGGCUGGCCUGCGCGCCUGGGUGCGCCAGUUCAACGACUGUGACCGGGUGGCCACCUACACUAACGUGGCCGUCUUCUCUGACUGGAUCAGAGACACGAUCGACGCUGAGCUGAGCGUGGCUGCCUAGCGCGGCUGGAAGGCGACGGUGAAAACGACGGCCCCAGGAGAGUGACCCUCCACUGGAGUUCAGAGAUUUCGUGGCACUUAUAAGAGAGCUUUUGGGGGUCAUUUACAAUCCUUUUGGCUUGAUUUGCAUCGCAUGUCGCACCUGUAAGUUCUGGUAGGAUGAAAGUGAUUCAUCGGUGCACAUAGUGGCACGUCUUGCAACAUUGGGUACGUAGCUCAUUUAUGCGUAUUUGAUGUUUUAUCUUGUUGCGAGAGAAAUAAUAGGGAAGUGAGUAUAGUAAAAGCAAAAUAAAACUUCUCUGUCCGAAGUCUAUGCACCACAUUCCGUUGUCCGGUAUUUUCAUAAAUUAGUGCGUGAAGAAGUCUUAGUCUGUGCAGGAAGCCUCCAUGUGCUGUUUAUAUUCACUUAAUUAAUAUCUUCCUUUAUUUAUCUUCUUGAACAUUGUGUUUUCCGUUCGUCGUAUUUUUGGUGUCUGACGACACUAAGAUUCAUUUUACUAGCAUUGCUCAAUGCCCUCGGAGUGGGCUCGCUAUAAUCACUGGGAGAGCUGAGACUGCACAUGUGUUUUUAUUAUUCCUGUCGUCGCGGUGUUGCAUCACUUAGCUGGUACUUCAAGUGAGUUUCUUUCCACUUUACCGCAUGAAGCAAUGAGUGAAAGAGAUGAUUAUUGGACUGACAAACAUUCAUCGAGCUCGAUUUUCCGCUGCCAAUUUUAUGUACAUCGGUGUAUAGCUGUGUAGCUGUAUCACAUGCAUAGCUGAUGUAGGCAUCAUCGCUUCAAUUCCCCACAUGUAGCACAGGUGACUAGAAUGCGGCACCUUUUCCUGGUGCACUUCGAUAACAAUCGGACAUUACUUGGGCUAAAAAAUAUAAAAUAAUGAACU